AUGGCUAAAGCUAAUCCGAUGCGCACACUAAUGGCAAGCAAAUCUUAUCCAAUAAGCAGUGAUGGCUCUCUACUUGAGGAUCCUAAAGAAUAUCAAAGUAUAGUUGGAAUUUUACAAUAUCUCCACCUUACCAGACCGUAUGUGGCCUUUGUUGUAAGCAAAUUAUCUCAAUUUACAAGUGCUCCAACGACUACACAUUGGGCUAUGGUAAAAAGAGUUCUUAGCUAUAUUGAUGGAAUAUCUGCUAAUGGCCUGUUUCUUCAAAAGAAAGAAAAGAAAAAAACGGGUAUGGCUAGUGGUUAUCGGAGAAGGCAUCAGCGACGAAAAAGGGGAGAGGGUAAAUCAGCAGCGGCGGCCAUGGUUGGUUCACCGGUGGGGCUGUUAUCGCUGCUAUGA